CACAGUCUGAAAACAACACACGCUAAAUUCAACAAAGUGAAAUUAACUCGGCUUUGGCGUAUGCGUACACAUGUGUGUGUGUUUUUCUUUGUAUAUAGACUCGUAGAACGAGACGGCCAUAUACGACCGCCGACGGGACGGCAGGUGCGCGAGUGCGAGCGAGAGGAAUGUUGUGCGGUCUACAGCUCUGUGUGUUAUUUCAGAGUUCCAGGCCAAACAUUCUGAUGUGCGGCCGAAUCGAAUCGACUUUUUGUGUGCAUCGCCCAGCAUUCUCUUUAAUUAAUUAGUAAUUGCAAAACGGGCGCAAUUAUGCACCAAAUUAUGGAAUUAUAAUCUCUCGUAUUUGCGCUCUCUCCUUCUUCUGCCUCCCAUUCGUGUUCGCCUGCACACAAAACGGUGAAUCGUUUGAAAGGACCAACCGUAAGACCAGCGAGCAAACAAGUUCGAGAGAGCCACGAAAACAAAGGACUUUGCACUGGGCACCCAACGGCAGACAGCUGGCAAUCGACGAUAAGCAGGAUUAGCUGGAAUACACAGGAUCACGGAUCAGGAGCAGCUAUCGAACACCCAGCAGACAGCACAGCCACUGAGAGCGACGUGAACCAAUGGGCACCAACUCGGGAGCCACCGCUGGCAUCAACAACAAGCCGGUUGGCGGUGCGGCAGGAGCCGGCGUCCUUGGCGGAGGCGGAGUGGGCGGUGCCAACUCCUCGAUCGGCGGCGUCCUGUCGAACAGCUUGGGCGGCGGCGGCAGUGGCGGUCUGAGCAUCAGCGGCCUGAACGCUGGUGGACAGAACGCCAAUGUUGGCGGCCUUGUCGGCGGAGGCGGAAUGGGUGGCGAGGACGGCGGCAACGGGAUGGUCGGCGGAGGACCCAACAACCAACAGGCCACUACGCCCCAGUACACAAUACCGGGCAUCUUGCACUUUAUCCAGCACGAAUGGUCGCGCUUCGAGCUGGAGAGAUCACAGUGGGAUGUGGACAGGGCCGAGCUGCAGGCUCGCAUUGCCAUGCUUCUCGGGGAGCGAAAGUGCUUAGAAAGCCUCAAAUCGGAUCUGACGCGCCGCAUCAAGAUGCUGGAGUACGCCCUGCGCCAGGAGCGGGCCAAGUUCUACCGAUUAAAGUACGGCACCGAUCCGCCGCAGCUGAACGAGUUCAAGCCGUCGAACGAGGACGCCGGACUGGCCGGGGAGGUGGCCACCGACUCGGAGGUGCCCUACAGCAGUGUAUCGAACACCACGUGGCGGCAGGGGCGCCAGAUGCUGCGCCAGUAUCUGGCCGAGAUCGGCUACACAGACAACAUCAUCGAUGUGCGCUCGAAUCGGGUGCGCUCGAUCCUCGGGCUGAACAACAAUGCAGAGCACGACGGCAGCGGCGGGGGACUGGGCGGCGGACUUGGCAGCGGAACCGGCGGCGAGAACCUCAGCCCGAACAUCAACGGAAACGAGAGCAACAAGCGCGCCUCGGAGACGGAAGGCCGUCAUACUCCCGCUAAAAAAGUGCAACAAUCGAUCGAUGAAAUAAUCGUGGACACCGAGGCGGCUGUGAUGGCGAACUUUGAGUUCCUGGGCGCCACCGAGAUGUCCGACGACGACGAGAUAUCCGACGACCUCGAUAUGGUGGCCACCGACAAUGACGACACGGACGUAAAGAUGGCCAAGCGCGCCAAGUCUGGCAAGGACAUGCUCACCGAGGAGGUGGACGGCUCGUUGGGACUGGGCGAGCUGGCCCAACUGACAGUGAAUAACGAAUCUGAUGGGGCCUACGAUGCAAACUCCAAGGACGGAACUGGCGGCAGUGCCGGCGGUGCUGGAUACCGCAAGACCUGGAAUGCCAAGUACACGCUUCGCUCGCACUUUGACGGAGUGCGCUCACUGAUUUUCCACCCGGAGGAACCGGUACUGAUCACCGCCUCCGAGGAUCACACACUGAAGCUGUGGAAUCUGCAGAAGACCGUGCAGGCCAAGAAGUCGGCCAGCUUGGAUGUGGAGCCGCUGUAUACGUUCCGGGCCCACACGGGUCCCGUUCUGUGCCUGGGCAUGUCAUCCAGCGGGGAGACGUGCUAUUCGGGCGGCCUGGACGGCAACAUCGAGUGCUGGCAGUUGCCGUCGCCGAACAUUGAUCCGUACGACUGCUACGAUCCGAAUGUGCACUCCGGAACGCUCGAGGGGCAUACGGACGCCGUGUGGGGCCUUACCACCAUGCAGAGCAACAUUGUGUCGUGCUCGGCGGACGGGACGGUCAAGCUGUGGUCGCCCUACAAUAAGGAGCCGCUGCUGCGCACCUACACGGCCUCCGAGGCAGAGGGUGCGCCUUCCUCCGUUGACUUUGUGCGCAACGAAGUGGACCACAUCGUGGUGGCCUACAACAGUGCCCACUGCAUCGUGUACGACACGGAGACGGGCAAGCAGGUCGUGCGACUGGAGGCGGCACAGGAGAUGUCCGGCAACACGGGGAAGUUCAUCAACAAGGUGGUGUCGCACCCGACGCUCCCCAUCACGAUCACUGCGCACGAGGACCGCCACAUCCGCUUCUGGGACAACACAUCCGGCACUCUGGUGCACUCGAUGGUGGCGCAUUUGGAGCCGGUCACCUCGCUGGCCGUCGAUGCCCAUGGGCUGUAUUUGCUGUCCGGCUCGCACGACUGCUCGAUACGGCUGUGGAAUCUGGACAAUAAGACGUGCGUGCAGGAGAUCACGGCGCACCGCAAGAAAUUCGACGAGAGCAUAUUCGAUGUGGCCUUCCAUGCCACAAAACCGUACAUCGCCAGUGCCGGGGCAGAUGGCCUCGCCAAGGUGUUUGUCUAAGAGAGUGUCGUCCACCACCAACACCCUGGCCGCGUCGGAUCGAACGAAUUCAGAAUUCGGAAUCCAGAGUGCAAAUUGCAGAUGCAGAAUCCACAGCCAGCAGCUCACAGCAAAGCGAUUACGAGUUCGAGUUAAAUAAUUAUACAUACAUUAUAAAUAUACUAUACAUUUAAAUCUAAUUAUACUUCAACCGAGAACAACAACCAAUUAUGCAUACAAUAAUAAGGAAAGAAACCACAAACAAAACAACAACAAAAAACCAAUUGCUAUAAAGUAAAACAAAAAAAAAAUAAUAAAUUCAAAAUGAGAAACGGCAUUUCGAGUAGAGCAACAGAGUCAAGUAACAGACGAAAGUCGCGUAAUCUAGGAAAGUAAUUCUAAAGCAAUGCAUAGUACGGCAUAUAACCACACAUAAGUGCAACACAUAAACAUUAUGUAUUUGUUAAAAAUAACACCGUAGCAGUGAAAGAGUUUGAUCUUGCUGUGGAUCCCCCGCAAAAUGGAUGGGGAUCAACUCAACAUUGAUACUCUUUUAGGUUCUAGUUUCAAAGGCACUUGCACAGCGAUUGUUUGAUAAAGAGUAGCCUAUAAAGCAGUCCGACAUCCUGUACAUUUUAUAUACAUACACAACCACAUACAUAUAUAUAUAUAUAUAUACCUAUUAUAUGCCCAUGGCAAAACUUGACAAUGGAUCGUAGGCUGGACACGUUGAUAGGCACACUCGCUGUGCAAGUGCUUGGACACGUUUCCUUCCCUGCAGGGCCUUAAAGUGCGUCCUGGAGCCAGAGGAAAGUGUGAUAAAACAUUUACGUAACGAUGUAGACGAUCAAAUUCUGUAGUCUAAGCAAGGCAUAUACAUAUAACCAACCAUAUAACCCGACCCCAUAUUAGCGAAAGAGCGAGAACAAGUUGUAAAUUAACAUUAAUUAGAGGACAGUCGAGGUGAGACUAGGAUGAAGUGAAGGCGGGUUUAUUUAUGUAGCAAACCCAAAAACGCAGCCACAAAAAAAAAAAACAGAAAACGGGAUGUAAAACGAAAACCUUAAAAAUUAGUACGUGCAGAAUGCUUCUAUUAUUUCUAUUGUCAUUUCUAAGGGAGUACGCAAUGCUUGAUGAAUCACGACCAUGUGCAGAUGAGAUAUAAAUAAUAAUUGCAGGCGAGCUAUAAACCGUAUGCUAAGCUAUUUAUUUAAUUUAUGCAUAGUAUUAAACGAAUGAAACAAACAAACAAAUGUUGGCGCCAAUCGCUGAUCCAAUGGAUUUCGUAGUUGAAUAUAAAUUAGAUUCGCUUACCCAUGGAUGCGUACUCGUAAUUUUAAUCAAACAAAGCUACGUUGAAUGAUCAGAUUUAGAUAUGUGACUUGAACGUGAACGCCGAGCAACUCAAUAUUAGUUUUAGUAUUACCAAUUAUUAUUAUUAUUACGUGAAGCCUUUCACCGACACUCUCCACACACACACUUACACCCGAAACUUGAUAUUCGAAACCGAUGAAUCAAAAUCAAAAACGAAACCGAUUGCGAUCUGUGUACACCAAGUAAAUCCUCUAUUAUUUUAAUUACGUAUUUUAAUUUACGCCUUAGUUGUUACAAUCAAGAACCCGAAUCACCUUCUGGAUCCUCCAGUGAUCCAAAAAGUUGAUGAGCCGAUGACGAUGAUCACGAUGGUAAUAAUAAUUGAUGUGGUUGACCAGCAUGUUGGCCACUCACAGUUAUAUAGCAGAUUUAUACAUUUACUAUAUACAUAAAUCUAUUGAUUUCUAAUUUUAACUGUAAAUUUUUGAUUUUUUAUUACCGUGUAUUUUUAUUUAAAAUAAAGUUUUACAAAAUGAA